GACCCACUACACGGCUCCCCACUUGGGCUUACAAGUGGGAUGUGUUAAAUGAGACGACGGAUGAUCCCUCGGUAAUGUACAAGUUGUACAAGAGCGAGCUGGACGCGAUCACGCCUGAGCAGGUGGAAUGGGAGCCGUAUGAAAAAGGAGAGAGUUUUGGUAACCCUAUAGAGUUCAAGCUUAAUCCGAUGUGCAUUAGGGAUAGGGAUCUCUGGCAUAUGCGGUGCCCACUGAUAUGCAACUGGGCGGUUGAGCUUCACCUGCCACAUCGGGUGUUCCGCCAGUUUGGUUUGUUCCAGCCACACCCGCCGGAGUGGGAGGACACGGACAAGUUGCUACACGCGUUGGAUAGGAAAAAGCAGCGGAAGAUCAAGGAUUGGGCCAGCCAUCACAGGAAGUAUGUCGUGCAGUUCGCUCUUAGUGUGGAGCAAGCAAGGGCUGGAAAACGAGCCCAGCUUCGUGAGCACUGCCCGAUCGCGUUCAACAACUAUCUCGCAUGGUUUCUUGCAAGUACCCGCGUGGAGGUAUGCCAGCCGGCGUAUGCUGAGGAGAUUCUGGAAGAACCCACCUUUUUCAUGAGGUAGCCCAGCACCAGUACAACGCAUUAGUCAGGAAAGGCAACUCGGUGAUCCCUUCAGCUCCAAUGAUGAACUUUGUGCGUGCCCAGAUCAAGAAAGCAGCUGACGAGACCGAGACUA